CUUUUCACCCAGCUUCAAUUGUGGCGUUUCGGUUGUGCGUGUGUAAUACUACUGGCCAAAUUCCCUUUUGCAUCAGCUUCAAAGCUGUCCUUGCUUCAGAAAUAGAAAUAAGUGCAAUUUUUUGCCGGAUACAUAAUUUGUUAAAUAAUUCUUAAAUCAUGUCCACCACCACAGACUUUUUGAAAGUUUUUGACAAAGUCAAACAGUUUAAAAUAGAUCCAGACAAAAUUUAUAUUGAAGACUCAAUUUUUAGACUAUUUUCGAAGCUUUCUGUGGCAAUCCUUCUCAUUGGUGCCAGUUUGGUAACGCUGUCCUCGGUUGUGGGAGACAAGAUUAAGUGCAUUCUUCCACCCAAAGAAGAUGUCACUUCAAAUCCCUUGAAUCAAUAUUGCUUCAUCAUGAGCACAUACACGGUGCCAAGCUUAUUUAACGCAACAGUUGGAAAAGACGUUCCUCAUUAUGGAGUUGGACCAGCGAGUUCUGAAGAACCCAAGCACUUUCAUCUGUAUUACCAAUGGGUCCCAAUUGCAUUGUUCUUCCAAGCAUUGUCCUUCCUAAUUCCCCAUCUUUUGUGGAAAAUGUUUGACGGCCAAAAAAUUAAGACAAUUUGUGACCUGAAUGUUGCGUCCAACAUCAAAUUCAAGCAAAGAGGACUCGUUGAGGAAAAGGAUACUGAUACGAAGCUGAAAGCAAUCAAUAAGGCUGCAGUUUAUUUCGUUGGCCAUAUUUCAUACAACAAAUCUUAUGCAAUUUGGUUCAUUGUGUGCGAAGUUCUCAACCUGGUUAUGGUCCUUCUCAACUUUUGGUUCACAAAUUUUUUUCUUUCCAAUCAAUUUUACAAUUAUGGACCCCGGGUGGUUAAUUUUUUGAACGGAGAUCCAGAUUCCGAGCUUAAUCCAAUGAAUCAAGUUUUCCCUAAAGUAGCAAAAUGCGACUUUCACAAAUACGGGCCUUCAGGAAACCUCAUCAGAUACGACAUAAUGUGCGUCCUCGCCCUGAAUAUCAUAGCAGAAAAGAUUUACUUGUUCUUGUGGUUUUGGUUUGUCAUUUUGAUCAUCAUCGGUGGACUGCAGCUUAUCUACCGUUUAGUGCUUGUCCUUCUUCCAGGACUUCGAAACAACAUUCUCAAGCACAAAGUGGCCAAAAAAUAUCAGCAUUCAAUGGUAGAAGUACUUGAACAAACUGGGUACGCAGAAUGGUUCCUGCUCAAACUUUUGUCAGUAAACAUUGACACUUGGAAAUUUGGAGAAUUGUGUGAGCACAUAAAAACUGUCCUCUACGAGCGCACUCCGAAUGGAAGAAUUGCCUCUGUGAGUCCAGCCCCAAGCUACAAAAAAAGUGUAAAUGGUUCAGAUGACGAUGAGCCAUUCACUACGAAACCGUUGAUUAAUAGUUAAAAAAUUACACUAGAAAACGACACUUACAUAUUUAUCGUACUUAAAUGACUACUUUGUACACCAUGCUAUUAUCUACAUAAGCUUACACAUAUGUAUUCAUUUUGUUCUAGUUAUUUUGUCCGAAAUAAUUGAAUUAAACCGUUACAGGAAAAUGUGGAAAACCUCCAAAACCACUUUUUUUUACUAUUCAUGCAUGUGCUUCUUCUUUUUUGUGUUAAUACUAUAGAUUAUGUACCCAAUAAAGCCAAUUUGAGUGGUAAACAUA